CUGGAAACCCUGGGGACGGAGUCAGACCUAGGGUCGAGGCCCCCGGGGUGGGGUCAGAUCCUGGGACGAGGCCCCCGCUGCUGUGUUUACUGAAGGGGGCGGUGCGAGUGUAUUCUGGGGGAGGAGCUGGAUAGAGGGCCCGAGAGAUGGCGGCGGACGAGGAAGGAGAGACGCUGGAGUCGUGGCUGAAUAAAGCUACCAACCCUCUAAACACUGAAGAGAAAUGGGAAUACAUCAAGGGAUUCUGCGAUCAGGUCAAUCUAGAGCUGGAGGGCCCACAGAUUGCAACUCGCCUCCUGGGUCACAAAAUCCAAUCGCCGCAAGAAAGGGAAGCUCUGUAUGCACUCACGGUAUUGGAUACGUGCAUGAAAAACUGUGGCAAACGGUUUCAGAAUGAAGUUGGAAAGUUUCGAUUUUUAAAUGAUCUAAUUAAAGUCUUAUCACCAAAGUACCUGGGCUUGAGGUCCUCAGAACAAGUGAAGUCUAAGGUGAUAGAAAUGUUGUAUAGCUGGACGGUGUGGCUACCAAAUGAAAUAAAAAUACGAGAUGCCUAUCAGAUGCUGAAGAAGCAAGGUGUCAUCAAGCGGGAUCCCAAGUUGCCAGAUGAGAAACCUUUGCCACCACCUUCCCCAAGAGAGAAGAGCUCGCUCUUUGAUGAUGAUGAGAAAGCAAAGCUCCUUGCAAGACUUCUCAAAAGCAACCACCCAGAAGACUUGCAGGCUGCCAACAGGUUGAUCAAGAAUGUCAUCAGGGAGGACGAAGAGAAAGCUGACAAAAUCAACAAGAGAGUUCAUGUCAUUGCGGAAGUGACUAACAGUACAAAGCUGCUGAAUGAGAUGCUGACCAUGUAUCAGAAAGACGGCUUGCCUGAAAACCAAAUCGAAAUUCUGAAGAACUUGUAUCAGCGCUGUGAGAAGCUGCGGCCGACACUAUUCCGACUUGCGAGUGACACUGUGGACAAUGAUGAGGCUUUGGCGGAGAUUCUGCAAACCAACGACUCACUUGCACUUGCAGUCAACUCGUACAAGAAGAUCAUGGAGGGGCAUGAAGUCAGAGUGGCCCCCAGAAAUUCAGCCAAAAAAGAAACAGCUUCACUGCUGGCUGAUUUAACUGACUUGGAGCUGGACUUUGGAAAACCUGGAAGCUACCAGGGCUCAGGCUGCGAGCAGCAGUUGCCACGUUGGCUAGAUGAAGAACUGAUGUCUUUGGGUCUGAAUGAUCCUCCAAUGAUGGAGCAAGCUACGGGAGCAGUGAAUCAGAAUACUUCCCAGGAAGCAAAUGCAGCUGUGACUGCACCAAGCUCCACUUCCAGUGGGAGCAGAGACUUGGACGGCCUAGACCUACUGGGGUCAACGUUGAUGGAACAGUUGCUUGGCCACCAGACCCGGGCAGUACAAUGGGACCAGCUGCACAUCAAACCUACGCUGAAGGACCUUCAGAACCAGGCUCUGUCUCAUCCACUCGCUGCCACUUUGGACCUGGGUUGUCCUGCCACCUCUGCUCCACUUGUGGCACCAAGUCCCCCCUCUCAAUCCACUGUACCAUCUUUGGGAACACCGGAGCUGAUCCAAGCUUGUCCCUCCCAGCUGCUGCACCGGGUGCCUGUUCCACAAGAGCCCUCGUUCGCGGGCACAGACGAACUCUCCUGGAAGACUCUCUUUGUGCCUUUGGAUAGCAUUCAGACAAGUCAUAUACCGCCUGUCACAGCCUUUGACAGAAAUGGCUUCCGAGUCCUCUUUCACUUUGCCAAAGCCUCUCCCUCCCGGAGGCCGGACCUGUUGGUUGUCAUCAUUUCCCUGCUGAGCUCAUCGCCAGCACCAAUAAAGGGCAUCCUUUUCCAAGCCGCUGUGCCAAAGGUGAUGAGGGUGAAGCUGCAGUCUGCCUCGGGCACAGAGCUUCCUUCUUUCAAUCCCCUCCUCCCACCUCCUGUCAUCUCACAAGUCAUGCUCCUCGACAAUCCUCAGAAGGAGAAGGUUCGCUUGCGUUACAAGCUGCACUACAUCUUGGCUGAACAGCCCUUCACAGAGUUUGGGGAAGUCACUAAGUUCCCAGCUGUGGAGACCUGGGGUAGUCUUUGAGGACUGAGAGAGGGUCACAGAAGAUGGACUCCUUGAAGGAGUUUGACACCAUACCCCAAGCACCAAGAAUCAUCAUUUUGCUUUACCAAAGUGCUACAGAAUUCCAAUGAAUUAUAUUGGAUUCCAUCAUAGGAGCAGUGACUGUUAAGACAGACAACACAGGAAUUUGAAGGGUGGGACUCUAAUUUUGCAAAUUGCAUUUCAUCUACCCCCCCCACCCCCUGCCCCCCCCCACCCCCUGCCACUUUCUGUAAUGUUGCUGGCUGGAACGGAAUUGUCCUGGUAAUUAAUGCUCAUUUAUAGUUUAUACCAACCAACACAAGUGUCCUUGUCCUCUGUUAUUUCUGCACACGCCAUCACCUCCACCCAAAUGUUUUUAUUCAGUGUGGCUCACAGUGUGAGGUGCCAUAUGCUAAUGUAUUGGAGGGGUUAAGAAGCCUUGUUUGUUUCAACAUAUAAAGUUUGUCAGUGGCAGCGGAGGAAAUGUUGCGUGUUUGCCUUUUUACUCCAGUGCUUGCAUUUCCUGACAAUUAGCAAUUGUUACAACUUGUGCAGCAGCAAGUUGAAGAGUUCUGUUCAAAUGAUCACUAUGUUGUCUUUCUGCCGUCCCUUCGCUGCAUAGAAAAUGCAAAUGGUGGAAAUAGGUGGGAUCAUUUGGAGUAUUGGGGGCUCAGUGUCUGGGGUGUUAGGAAGAACUCUAUUCAUCUUCACUGUAAAACACAAUCAUUUGGAUCGAGAAUUGGGCUGUCAGGAGAAACACAUUCAUUGGAAGGGAAGUAUGAAUGACAUUUCAUUUUCAGCUCCAGGUACCAAAAUUGACCCUCCCACCCCACAAGGCUCCCCAGCCCUUCACUGUUGCAACAACUGUAGCUGGCAGUUUGUCACCACACAGCUAUGUAAUGUGGUGGCAAGCACAGAGAAGAUAACGUGGAUUUGGAGGACAUAGGGGAAUUCAUAUAAAAGGCCCUCCAGCCCCUUAAACCCACUGCAGCUCCUUGUCCUUAGCAGCAAAUUACCCAAAAGUUGUGCAGUGAUGGCAGCCGUCACUGGAGGUCUAAGCACACACUUUGGUGUGGAUUGGUCACCUGUGUCAUGGUGACACCUAGAGAUUCAAAACAAGUAUUGCACCAGUUUUUUAAAAAUUCGCACAGAGAUGCAGACCCAAAAUAUUGACUGUUUCUCUUUCCAUGGAUACUUCCUGACUUGUUGAGUUCUUUCCAGCAUUUUCUGUUUUUGUUUCAGAUUUCAAGCAUCUGCAAUUCUUUUUUUUCAUUUAAAAUACGCUUGUUCGUUGUUCAGUUUGAACACUGAUUAAUUUUCUAUGCGUGUGCCUUAUUCAACGUGCAGAAGAAGGUAACGGCCUUCUCUAGAAUCUGAACAAAAAAAGGUACUCUGUUCUCACAGGGUUUACCAUCGUCUUAACUGAAGAAAUUAUCUUUCUGUCAGAAAGAAUAGUGAAGGAGACAUUUGAAAAUAUCCUCUGGAAAUAAAAUACAGUUUGUUUUGAGUGAAGAACUAAUUUAUAAGUGAAAACAAGUUAUUGGAAAUUAAUUAUGAGAAGAGGGAAAUUAGUCUUGCAUUUAUAAUUCGAAUAUAUUUAUAUUUUUGUAACAUAUGGUAAAAUAAUGCACCCUUCAAACUUUGGGCCUGUAGAGGCAAUGACCUUCCAAUUCAGAUUAUGUAAUAUUCUUAUAAAUAGCGAUGCAUUCCAACUGAUGUGUGGGAAGUCUGACCUCAAAAAUUAAGAGAAAGAUUUACAUUUAUAUAAUGCCUAUCAUGCCCCUUUCAGAACACCCCAAAGCAUUUUACAACCAAUAAAAUAAAUUUGAUUACACCACUGUAAUUAGUCAAUGUGACGGCUAAUUCAUGGACAGCAAGUACUGAUAAGCAGCAAUGUGCAAAUGACCAAGCAAUCUGAUGUAUAAGUAUUGGCCAGGAGACCAGGGAAUAAUGCCACUGCUCUUCUUUGAAACAGUGUCACAGGAUCUCUUAUAACCAGAUGAGAGGGUAGUCAGGGCCCUCAUUUGAAAGGCUGCAUCUCCAACAGAGCAGUACUACAGACGAACAUUGACCAUGCUUUUUGUGCUCAAGUCUGUGGAGUGGACUUGAACUUUCUGCUUCAGAGGUGAGAUUGUGACCAGCUGGUACUCUAAAUUAAUGAAUAAAAGCUAGCAAUGUCAUCUUCUGAUAAUGCUGCUGUGAAAUAUCUUGAGACAUUUUAGACACUUUGAGUGGAAGUUUUUACAGUAAGGGUAUGUGCUUUAUUUGUUGAUGAUAUUUGUGCAGAGCCACAGACAAUGCACUUUAAAUUAUGUGAAUGGUGUUAAUUUGCUUUAGCAGUCUCAAAAGUUUUAGAAGUUCUGUUUU